ACUAAACGUCAGUCUUUUGACAAACUGCGGAAUGACGUAAAAAACUCGAAGAGUUUUGAAAAUAUUUGACAAAGUGGUGGUGAUGAUGUGUAAUUUUAAGAAUUACUCAAACCAGCAAGUACAUACGUGGUUAUCUGUACACUAUAUACAAUAAACAUCAAAUAAUAGAUGUGUGAUUAAAGAAAAGUUAAGAAAAAUAGCAAGAAACUUACAUCUUUCCCAAUAACAGCGACGCAAACGGCCAUUGUUGUGUACACAGAAUCGACGAAAAUGUCUUGAUGACGUCCUGAUGCCAACAUUAUAACAGAAUUUCUUUUUAUUUUUUGGCGGUAGAUUUAAAAUUGGACAACAAAUGUAUUAAUGAAUGUCAAAAAAAUGUCUAAAAAUUAUCGUGUUAAUACACGAUAAUUUUUAAAAAUAUGAUGUAAGCGAAACAAGAAACUGGAAAUUCGUUGAUAAUAAAAUGUUAUCAAACCUCUUGCAUUAUUUUUCGACAAUGGCUUUGAACAACCAAUACAUAUUGUAUGAGACCAAUGAAAAUGGUGAACGAGUGUUUAUAAGGUCCAUAGAGGCAGAGAAACAUGUUUAUUUACGUUUUGUAAAUAAAACAACUAGGCCCGUCGACGUUUGGUGGAGGGACUACAAUGGCGCAAGGAGGCUAUACGUCAGGAUGAAACCUCGUUCUUAUUGCAAUGUAGAUUCUUAUUUAACUCAUCCGUGGGAGUUUACCGACCUUAAUACAAAAGAGAGGUAUGUUAUUAACAACAAAGAAAUAUUCAGAGCCCCCGAGUGUAUAGGUGACCUGAGGCAGCGAACUUCUUGGUUCAUUUCGGUUCCUGUGAGGACAUUAAGACAGAGUGCCCUGUUGGCGGUCGCAUCGUCUAUGACUAAUCCUAGUUAUGUUGAUGUUUUGGGGCUGCCAAAGUCACUAGCUGAAGAUUUGAAGAAGUAUGUGGAAGUGCUCAAUAAUCCUAUACCACCUCGAGUACAGCAGCCUGCUGCUGCCCCUAAUUGACUGAAAGAACCAUAAUAUCUGCUCUGUACUGUAACUAAGUUUUUAUUGUUGAUUUAAGUUUGUCUAUGAUUAUGUACAAUUUAUGUUGUUUAUUGAACAUAUACUUAAUAUCAAAUAUUUAUAUAUAAUACUUUAAGUAUAAAAAGAAAAAAAAAAUACUGAUUGUGUUCCUAGUAUUUUUUUUUUUUUAAUAAUCUAUACACUAUCUUCUAUCUUAUACUAAAGAAAGGUGCUGUAAAUCUAUGACUAAGUUCAAUUAUUAAAUUAAUUAUGUUAGUAAUAAUAAAAGAUUAAAGUGGACUGAAUCUUACUUUGCCACUGGAAGUAUUAUCAAAAUUCUGGACUCAUUGUAUCAAAUACUCUAGUAUAUGUAUCAUAAUGGAUGUUCAAACAGGGAAAUCUUAAUCUUGAUAAUAAUUUGUUGAUUCUAUUAUUUAUUAGUAAUAUUAUUUAUUAUUUUCUGUUCUUUUUUUCUUUAUCUACAACAAAUUUCUGUAUCUUUCAAAUUAUUUGCAAUAUGUCCCUAUUAAUAUUUUGUUAUUACUAGUUAGUCUAGUAUAAAAAUGUUCAUAUACAUUUUACACUAAUAUAUUAUAACUGAAAUUGUAAAAAAAAUAAUUCUCUAGAAUUUAUACUAUACUUAAUUAAAUUGAAUGUACCUAAGAUUAAUUAGAAAUUAAUCAUUUGACAACUCUGGCUACUCUGUGUACGAAUAGAGUGCUAUCUGUGAUUUAAAUAGCAUUUGUUUUUGUAAAAAAAAAAACUUUUUUAGGAUAAGAAAAAAAAAUGUUUAAGUGUAAAAAAGCUAAUAAAAGUAACAGAAUCUCUUAUGUUUUUUUUUUUUAAAUGUACUCAUAUAUUGAUGUUUUUGCCAUAUAAAGUAUGCAGCUACUGUUU